CCUGACCAAAGAUGGCCGACCGCCCAAAUUGCUACUCGCAUGGCAACUCCUAAGAGUUUUCCACGGCACCUGUGAUGGAAUAUUUUUACUAACUUUUGGAAUACAUCGGUGUGAAAUGAUCUUUGUUUGUUACUCGUGUUAAUUUGGAUAACGAGUAUUAAAAUGUACAGUUUAAAGUCCGCCAACAGGCUUUUGCAAUCGGAGGAAAGUUCUAGCAGCAGUAACAAGCUUCUUGUUUCCCGAAACGGUCUCCUUAAAUCCAUCAGGAACAAUGACAAUAGUCUGACUAGUCUGGCAAGCAAAGAGGACGAUGAGGUGGAGUUUGACACUUCUGAUACAGGCAAUAACCAUGAAGUGUUGAUGGCGGGCAGACGCUACCCGUCUGUCCAAGAGUUUGCCGCGGCGAUCCCCAACCAUCUUCUCCUGGGUUCUCUCCUGGAGCACCUGUGCUUCCUCUACGAGAGUAAUCCAGCUCGCUCUCGGUUGUUGUUUAAAGUAAUUGGCCAGCGCUUAGCUUCUAUGAACCUUCUCUCCCCUUUGGCCAUAAGCGACGAGUUCAGCACUGUCAGACUUCAACACAACCGGGCCUUCACUGAGCUGCUACAAACUGCUAACUCCUCACUGUACCCACAGGAACAACAAUGUCUUAGCAUCGGCACACACAAUCCUACUGGAAGGCCGAAGGAAGGACUGUUUCAAGCACAGACGUCACGUUACCUGAGCGAGUUUGAAGAAAUUGGUAGAAUUGGAAAAGGUUCCUAUGGAAAUGUUUAUAAGGUGGUGAACAAACUGGAUGGGCAGCUUUACGCCGUGAAAAAGAUACUCAUUAAAAAAGUCUCAAAGGAAGAUUGCCUGAGGGUCUUGAGGGAAGUGAAAGUGUUGUCAAGCUUGCAGCAUGUCAGUGUCGUCGGCUAUCACACAGCUUGGAUGGAGCAUGUGCAACCCGCAGCAUAUGCAGAGACCCUCCUUCCUGAAGUGGCUUCACUUGACCUCCACAGCUCUGAUGAGGACCCAGAUGGUAGCAGCUCAAGCUUCUCCGUAGUUUUCCAAAGCCUUAGCCAACCACAGGCUGAUGCCGCUUCAAGCGCGCCGGUGCCUCCAAGUGGUGGCUCACCUGUCAAAGACUUGGUGGUGACGCAGGAGACGGCUCAGGGGGUGUGUCCGAACACAAUGCGACGUAUCCCCGAGAACUACGUGCCCUGCGUCUUCCUGGGACAGCGAGCUCCUCUUAAAACCUCCAAGUGUCCCGCUGUAGGUUGGGACACUUUGGGAAUGUUGGAGGAGUCAUCAAGCAGGCGCAACCCUGAGCUGACCAACAACUCUUGUGUUGAAAAGGAGUGUGAGCAGUGGGAUGACCAAUGCACAGCAAGGCCCUCUAAAGAGGUCCACUUCCAUCUGAUGCUCUACAUCCAAAUGCAGCUAUGUGAACGCUCACUCAAGGACUGGAUGACUGAGAGGAAUUGCAAGCCCAAAGAGGAUCAGGCAUUAAGAGGUCCUUAUGGAUGUGUGGAUGCUGAGCACACAUUCAGUCUGCUAAGAAAGAUACUUGAAGGGGUGGAGUAUAUUCACUCCCAAGGAAUCAUGCACAGAGACCUGAAGCCAAGGAACAUAUUCCUCAAUGGUCAUGAAUGUCAUGUUCGUAUUGGCGACUUUGGUUUGGCAUGCAGUGGUUUACUACUAGAUAGCCAUGAAAGUGCCACCUUUCCCAACAUUGAGUCUCCACAUACCACAGGUGUUGGUACUUUAGUUUACGCAUCGCCAGAACAACUGAAGAGUUCUCAUUAUGAUUCAAAGUCGGACAUGUACAGCAUUGGGGUGCUUGCUCUUGAGCUUUUCCAGCCCUUUGGAACGGAGAUGGAGCGAGUCCGGACUCUUGGGGACUUGAGAGAGGGAAAAUUCCCAGAUUCCUUCUGCAACCAAUGGCCAGUUCUUGCCAAAUACAUCUUGGAGCUGACUAGCAAAGAUCCCAGCAUACGGCCCACGGCCAGCCAGCUUCUACAGAGUGAACUCUUCUCCAAUAAAGAUGUGAUGAUCUAUGGUUUACAGAAAAAAGUAGAAGAACAAGAGGAAGAAAUCCUACAUCUGAGGAAACAAAUACAACGCCUCCAAAGUUCACAAAAUUCGGAGUUGGACAACACCUGAUGCUGUAAAUGUCCACUGUGUAGUGUGAAUUU